UGUUCCUGCUCUCCAAUAGAAUAUCAAACUACUCCAGAACUCCAAGAAAGAUGGAGGAAUAACACGACCUAUGCAAGUGGAAAAGAUUGUACCAAUCCGAGGUAAUCGUCAAAAAUUUGACUUUGAUGAUGAAGAUAUGGAAGAGGAUGAUAUUAUUUUGUUGGAACGAAAAAUAAAAGCUGCUGGAAUGCCAAGUUAUGUCCAGAAGGUUGCAGUAAAGGAGUUGCAGAGACUGAAAAAAAUGCCACCACAUAUGCCAGAACAUGCUAUGACAAGGAAUUAUUUGGAGUUAAUGACAGAAUUACCAUGGUCCAAAGUUUCUUCUGAAGUCCUGGACAUUACUAAAUCCCGAAAAGAUUUGGAUGAAGACCACUAUGGUAUGCAAAAGCUGAAAAAACGUGUUUUAGAAUACCUGGCUGUCAGACAACUGAGAAAGUCUUUGAAAGGCCCAAUCUUGUGUUUUGUUGGGCCCCCUGGAGUUGGAAAAACUAGCGUAGGUCGAUCUAUUGCUCAGUCUCUUGGACGAGAGUUCCACAGAAUUUCUCUUGGUGGUGUAUGUGACCAAGCUGACAUUCGAGGUCACAGAAGAACAUACAUAGGCUCCAUGCCUGGACGAAUCAUACAAGGUCUGAAAACAGUAGGAACAAAAAAUCCAGUUUUCUUACUAGAUGAAAUUGAUAAAGUGAAUGCUGGUAUUCAUGGUGACCCAGCUGCUGCUCUUCUAGAAGUUUUGGAUCCUGAACAGAACUGUUCUUUUACUGACCACUAUUUGAAUGUACCCUUUGAUUUGUCUCAAGUGUUGUUUAUUGCUACAGCAAACACUGUGACCACAAUACCUCCUGCUCUGCUCGAUCGAAUGGAGGUUAUACCAGUACCAGGCUAUACAUAUGAUGAAAAGCAACAUAUUGCCAGGAACCAUCUUCUUCCUAAGCAAUUGAAAGAACAUGGAUUGUCUGAUAAAAUGUUGAUUAUUCAAGAUGAAGCCAUCAAAACCAUAAUUCUGAAAUAUACUAGAGAAGCUGGUGUGCGAAGUUUAGAAAGAAAACUAGGUGCUGUUUGUCGAGCAGUGGCUGUGAAAGUUGUAGAGUGUGGAAAAGAAGCACUUUCUGUACCAGAAUAUGAAAAGCCAGGAGUUAAACCAGAGAGCAUAUCUAACCCUGAUCUGGCAUCCAUGAUUGAUCUACCUCCAGAUCUUCCUGUUGUGGUGGAUGAAACAGCUGUUGAAGAUAUUCUUGGUCCUGCUCAGUAUGACAGUGAAGUUACUGCUAGGCUUGGACAACCUGGUGUUGCUGUUGGUUUGGCUUGGACUUUGGCUGGAGGAGAGAUCAUGUUUGUGGAAGCAACGAAAAUGGAUGGAGAUGGUCAGCUGAUACUCACUGGUCAGUUGGGAGAUGUCAUGAAAGAAUCUGCAAAACUUGCUCUAAAUUGGGUUCGUUGUCAUGCUGAAGAGUAUGGAAUUCCAGUUGAGAGAGGGAUAGACUUAAUGGAAGGUACAGAUGUCCACAUCCACUUUCCUGCAGGAGCAGUAGAGAAAGAUGGACCAUCAGCAGGUGUCACCAUAGUUACUGUACUUGUGUCUUUGUUUACUGGACGCCUUGUAGAGUCUGAUGUGGCCAUGACUGGAGAGAUUACUCUACGAGGAUUAGUUUUACCAGUCGGAGGGAUUAAAGAAAAGGUUCUGGCAGCUCAUCAGGCUGGUAUGAGGAGAGUAAUCUUACCAAAGAAAAAUGAGAAAGACUUAAUUGAAGUACCACAAUCGGUGAAGGAUGAUCUUGUGUUUGAGCUCGUGUCCCAUUUAAAAGAAGUACUACAGGUAGCCUUUGAAGGGGGGUUUCCUUCUAUUACCCAUUGUGCAGAAAUGGUUCCAAGCAAACUCUGAAAGUGAAACUUAAUGGAGCUAACAACAGCUACAACUUAGAAGUCUUCAGUUUGUUUCUAUUGAUUUUUCAAAAGGUUAAUGGAUUAUAUUGUAAAAAGUUAUCAUACUUGUCUGGAUAUGCUUGUAUAUGUAGGUUUAUAUCUAUAUCUAUCUAUAUAUAUGUAAUAUGCACACACAUAUUACAAGAACUAAUUUCAUUUUUAUAGGGAGGGGUGUCUACUCCAUAUUCUUUCAGAUGGAAGGGAUCUCAAAAUAUUAAGAGGAAGAGUAACACAAAAUGUAUAAGAAAAUACCUUAUUUCCCCAAGAAAUAAAUGUUACUUGAUUAGCUUUAGUUUUGGGUUCACAGGAGGUGACAGUUACAGGAAAACUUGUUUCCUUAUUGAAAAGAAAGUCUUGACAUUCAAUAAUAUAUGAAAAAAUUAAUGUGCUAUAAAUGUAACAGUUUAGAAGCAAUAGCUGCAUUCACUAAGAGUUAAGUUUUGAAACAUAUUUAUGGUAGAUAUAAACGUUUUGUUAAUUUUACUUAAUUCAUUAACAUUUGUGUUAAUCUUAACUUGUAAAUAAGUAUUUUGUCUUCUUGAGAAACAGUUUUGUCUUUUGUUACAAUGAAUUCUGCAUGCAAUAUUAAAAUCUUAGACCUAAAAAAAAGAACUAAAAGAAAUCUGGCUACAAUCAGGCAAAAAACAAAAUAGAUAAAACAUUGAGAACAGCUGUGAUUCUUUCCUAGAUGUAAUGAGUGGUAGUUCAGACUUUAAGAACAAAAAAAAACUGCAAUUACAUCAUAUAUUAUCAACUUGCAAUAUCCGGUGUGAAAAUUUCUUACAUUUUUGGAAGCGUCCUAAACCAGUUCGUACUUUUCCUUCCAUCUUAUGUAAAAGUUUGGCUUUCUUAGAUUGUUUGCAUAAAAAGUUUCCUGAAUUGUUGUUGAAAACAUGUUUUAUACUCACGUAAUGUAACAUCAUUCAAUACAAAUGUUCCCAUAGAAGGAGGGAUAGUUCCUAUUAUGUAACAGUUGAGAAUCUGAAAAGGUAACAUCAGUACUGUUGGUUUAAGCUUGAGAAAUGUAACAUCAUUCAAUACAAACAUUAUAUGAGAAAUGUAGAAUGUUUAUUAGAAUUUAUAUUAUUUAACAGUUUUUUCUGAGUUGUCAUGGGAACUCUUCCUGCUCCUCUUUUUAUCAUCAUUUUCAUGCAUUUUCUAAUAAACAAAAUACCUUAAAUAAUCUUUUGACAAGAUUGUUUUUAGAAAAGAUGUGUUGUUGAUUUUUUUAUUUUUUCACAUGAACUCAAGACCAAGAAACACUCAUUCCAUUAAUUUGUUUUACUUGAACAUUAAGUUCACUGUGGAUACUUCAGAAGAAAUAGGUCAGUUGUCCUUUCUAAACAUUACCCUCUGACAGAUCUUUAGUGCAUGAAUUAUAUCCUUUUAAAUUUUGUAUCCAACUUUCACAAUGUAAUUGAUAUCCUUUUCACAUAUGUUGCAUCUUUGUUGUACUUUCUUUGAUAAAGUAAAUGAACAAUGAAGAAGAUUUGAAAACAUUCCAGCAGAAUGGGUACACAUUUUAUGCAGUUAGAAAAAUUAUAUUUCACUGUAGUAUUAUCUUUUCUUGUUAACAACCUUAGUUGUAAAGUGAAACUCGUCCCAAAGCCCAGGAAUUGUAAUUUAAGGCCAGUAUUAAGGUUAGGGCCUCACACUUAAAUUGCUUCUUGUUUAAAUCCUGUCUGCUGUUCAAGUAACAACUAUUUUGCCUGACUUCAAGUCUGGAAAGUAAAUGCUCAGUGCAGAUUAACCCUUACUCUGUGUGAACAACAUUAUUCCAGGAAAGUAAAUGCUCAGUGCAGAUUAACCCUUACUCUGUGUGAACAACAUUAUUCCAGGAAAACAUGUUAAGCUGUAAGGGAAAGUAUUAAGGAACAGGAAGAGAUGCAAAGAGAUGGUUUUCUUUAUGCUUCUGGUCAUUAAAAUAACAAUGUUCCUAACAUUUCCUUCAUUUAAAAAACACUUAACUCUGUUGGCAGAAAAAUAACUAACAGAAUUUUUAUCAAGAAUGAAAAAACAACCUUAAAUACUAGGUUGAUUUUAACUUUAACUAAUUAACAUUUGUCUUUUAUAAAAAUGAUUAUGAAUUUCUGUGUAAAAAACUAAUUAUAUUUUAACUCUAAAAUUUCAGUUUCAGUAAGUGGAAUUUGUUGUAAGGUAGAAAGAUGAUAUUUGUAUGUUAAGGUUAAUAUAGAUAUUAAUGAAUUAAAUAUGGUUUUAAAUAUGAUUUUAAACUGUUUAAAUUUAGAAUAUGUUUCAAAAUUUUAUUCCUCUUACUGAGCCCAAGUAUUAUUUUCAAGAAGUAUCAGUGUAGUUGUUUUAUGUAGAACUUAUCACUUGUUUCAUGCAUUACUGAAUAUUAAGCAUUUUAUCUUCAAUGAUGAAACUCUCACCUGAUGUGGACCUAAGGCCAAAACUAGUGGUGUGCUAUAUUUGUGUGAAAGAGGUUUUCUUAGGACGAUAAAGUAUUUUCUUCAUGUAUUUUGUGUGAAAUGACUGUCAGUACUCUCAGACAAGCACUGAUUUUUUAAAAUAACAAUUGUUUGAUUAAUGUUAUCAAAACAUUAAAAUUUUCAAAAAUGGAUUGGCUUUGUAUUUUGACUAAAGACAGUUAUUCAAUAGAAUGUAUUACUAUGUAGAUGACUAUCUGGAGAAAACUUGAAUCAUAUGAGGUAAAAAUAUGAUUUGUGAACCUUAUCCAGCCUACCAGUGUUGCUGAAUAGCCACUUUGGCUUUCAUUACCUUUAAUUAAACUGGAUGAGAAGAAAGUUAUAUAUAAACUAAAGAGUUUUUUAAUAGUUGGAAUAUUAGAGUUAAUGUUGAAACCAUUGCUACCUGUAUGAUGCUAUCGGAUUAUGGUAAAAAUAUUUUGUGAGAACCUUGUAUAAUUUUUGGACAUAGAUGUUUGAAAUCUUUAACUACUAUUUCUUCAAGCAAUAGUUCUAGAUAAUUACACUUUUACUGAAAAAAAUUAUAUUGUGUCUACUUUGAGAAGUUGUUAGAUAUGUAUAAAUAUAGAUACUUUUUGUAUUUUUAUAGAAGUUGAUAUAAUUACACAACACGAAAUAUAGAUAUAUAUAGUUGAAAAUAUAGUAAAAUUCUUGGUGUCUAACAGGUUAUACAAAAUGUUUGAAAAGUUAAAGUUUGUAGAAAAAUUAUUUUAUUCAUAAUAACAAUAAGCUUCUAGUGAGGAUGUAGUAAUUUUCUUCCUGUAUGUUUGUUAAGCAACUAUACCAUUGAUUAAGGAUGAUGGCAGUGUAUGAAGUUUAAUUUUUAAGUAAGUAAAAUUACCUGAAGGAAUAAAAAUAGCUAAAGACAUUGACAAAAAAAAAUAACAAAUGGCUCUGAAGAACUUAGUCAAGAAACGUUGAUGUUUAGAGAUAACCAUAGAUUUAUAAAGAUUACACACUAUUAUACUUUGUUUGGAUUUAUGGUUGUUGUGAAUCUUUGAAGUUACCUGAGAGUGAAGAAAAGGAUGAGUUUAUCUUUAAGAUGCACUCUGUACGACUAGUUUUAAAAAUCAAGCUGUAAAUUAGCUUACUGUUUAAAAAUCAUCUUUCUAGUUACAUGAAUUCCUUACUUCAAAUAAAUUGGUGUUUCAUGCAAUUAGAUCUUCAAGAGCCCAUGAAAUGAAAACUGUCAAAGAAACUAAAGAAUAAAUCAUUUAUUUUUACUUUUGUUUGAAAUAUAAAUCUUAAAUUAGAAAUUUUUCAAUAAAAAUGAAAUAUUUAUGUAUCGUAUUUGUGUAUUUAAAAAUAACCUAACAAUUGAAUGCAAUAGAUAAAGUCUGAAAACAGUUUUAUAAAAGUUUAAAAUUCCAAUAUACGGAUGUGGAUGUAAUAUCCAUGAAUGUACUGAACUCAAAGGUAUGAAUAAUAGCUACAAUAAGGAGAAGAAUGGAAACGCUAUGUAGAGUUAAAUUGAGCUUUCUACCUCAUUGAAUUGAAGGAAAAGACGACACAAAAUUGACAGUUAGAUAAAAACCGUUUAAAAAAGACCAGUUUCCAUACAACAAAAUGUUUGCACUAGGCGAAAGACAGCGUCUUUCUUGAUAGAGAAUUUUACCAGGAGAAACCUGGUGGAUCAAGUCUGAAAGAGCUGAUCACAAUAGUGUCAUCCCUCUAAGAGUGGAUGCAAUACCUCAUUUAUUCUUGGUCGUUCCAUAAGAACCACUAAAUGUCCACACGGUUACCCUAGCUAUA